AAGCCAUUGAAACAUCAACACAUGCUAAGGUUUUGUUUGGAAACAUACAUAGAAACGGAAAUUUAUGUUGAUAUUCACAACUCUUGGACCAUGCUAGUGGAGAAAAAAUAGAGCACAAAAAAAACCUUCGAUGUUUGAAGUCCUUUGAGUUUUGUGGAAAACAAAAUGUCGUCGAAUACGAAUCCAUUUGGGGAACAGACAUAUCACAUGAAAGAUGAGAUGGUCGCAGAUUUCUCCGAGGCUUUUGAAAUGUACGCAAAAGGGCGUGGUUACAUUCACCAGGAUCUCUUGAAAGAAAUACUGGAACUUGUAGAACAGCCAAUGCCUGAGGAUGAGAUUAGCGAUAUCAUUGAAACAAUGUGUAAAGGUAGUAAUAGAUUAGAUUUAGAGAGCUUCCUGCAAAUAAUGACCCACAAAAUGCGAUCCAGUGAUCCAAUCGAACAGCUUCGAGACGCCUUCAAAGAGAUUGAUGCUGAUGGGAGCGGAUCCAUAGACCGCGCCGAACUGAAGGAGAUGAUGAUGAAGAUGAUGUCUAACGACUACACUGAAGAGGAGAUCGAUUCGAUGAUCGACAAGGCAGAUUUAGACGGUGAUGGAGAAAUCGACUUUGAAGAAUUUGUAGCAAUGAUGAAUGAUGUUAAUGGAUAAACUGGAUUCCCCUGCAUCUUUUCAUAUCCUUUGGCGUUCUUCUGUUACUAGUGGUGAACUAAAGGACCAAUAUUUAACUGACUGACAAGAGAAAGCUAUAUAUGUACGAGUACAAGAGCUGAAAUUGUUGUAUGACUGUGUUUUGCAUGUGAAUAAAUGAAUCCGUCCACACUUUA